CAGUAACAAGUCACUGCAGACGCUGUGCAGUGGUCUGGCUCCUGGCGGUGAACGCUUUUCUAGCGUGUGUUUAAUAUUUUGAUCUUCCGUGCGGUGGAGAUAAUGCACCACGUAAAGAUCAAGACUGAGAGGCCAGAUGUGGAGGUGGUUGGUGCUCGCAGCAGAUUGGAUGCAGUGUUAAAGGGACUUGUUGAGAAGAGUGAUAACGAAAGGGAGCAAAAUGAUGGUGACACUGGGAAAAAUUCAGUGGACUCCCUUAACAAGGAUCUGUCUCCAUCAUCUGCUGGAAAAAGGCAAGUACCUUCAGCUCGAUUUCCACAGCACAGGAGGAAGAAGCGAAAAGAGAUGGACGAGGGCAUACCAGAGAGCAAUCAGCAUAAACAAAAUGCUUACAUUAUCAAGUUGUUUGAUCGCAGUGUGGAUCUGGCUCAGUUCCACACCAGCACCCCAUUGUAUCCUAUCUGUCGUGCCUGGAUGAGAAACAAUCCCUCUGUUCGAGAGCCAGCUCCUUCCCCCAGUCCCCCCCACAGCAUGGUAGAGGAAGAGGUCACAGACAUGAUCAAUGGUAAAGAUCAGAUUGUGUACAGACUCCCUCCUCCAGCCCCCUGUCCAAUCAGCUCUUCUGGCGAAGCUGUCAAUCUUAGGAUCCCACAGACAGAAAAGCCCACUGCUACCAAGGUUCUGUAUAAUUCUUCUGAUUCUGUUUCUGUAUCGGACUCUCUCUUAUGUGACCACAUGGAACGCUGGAAAAAGAUAAGGCACAAAUGGAAGGAGUGCUCUACCAAGAACCAGUUGAGAUACAGUGAGAGUAUCAAGAUCCUUAAGGAGAUGAAAGACCUGUAUGAUCACUAAUCAGCCUACGUGUAGUGCUUCACCACAGACUCAAUGCAACUGCAAUGGAGUCAUAACAAAAGACUGUGUCUGAACACACCUGCCACCGACCCUGAGCAUUCUGCCUUGUAGGAAAGCAUUAACUAAUCCUGGAGACCUAAAUGGACUUUAUGCAAUACAGAAUUCUUUUGAUGGAUGUUAUUUCAUUCUUGCACUAUUGCUUGUGCAAUAAUGAAUUAGAGUUUGUCAUUAUCAUCCUUCACAUAUGUCUGAAUAAAUUAACUUGCUCAUUAGUAGUGGUUUUGAGCAAAAAUGAAAAGACUCCUUAAAGUCCAUUAUGGUUUCCUUGUUUCUGCACAUUUGUGGCUAUGAAGAUAGAGUAAGAUUCACUAGAAGCAGUUCAUCUUCGGGACACUUAGUCAAACCACAAGAGUGGAACAGAGCAGGUAACAUUAGCGCUCGUUCUUUAAAGUGCAUAAAUGCAGCUUUAACCAACAAAGCAAGUGGUCAAUCUGUAAAUGAGGCUGCGAUCACAUUUUGUGUUUAAGAGGGCCAAGUAUUACAGUUUUAUUUAAAACACAUUCAAUGGUGGAAUGUGUAAGAGGUUUUGGAAGAACUGCCAUUCUGAAGAAAAAGGAAGUGAAUGCCAUGUUGACAAACUAUUUAUUACCCUGGAAAUUGACUGGCAAUAUAGAUGCUGCAAUGGACAAUACAGAUAACAUGACAACAUUUGUAACACAUGCACAUCUGACAGUAAAAGGUCAUUUAAAUGUA